CAGCUCCAUCUUAUCGCUCUCACUUAUCUAUCUAAGCUUCUCUUUCAUGGCGUCGUUGAUAAUCGGUGCCGUUCCAAUGGUCUCCCAUAUCAAACCUUUCUCCCUAAACCUCUCCUUCUCCAGGUCGCAAACCCUAGCCAGUCUCAAUCUCACAUCCUCGACGUCGUCGUCAAUGUCGACCUCAAUUUCUAGUGUCUCUUCUCCAACACUUCCUUUGAUUUAUUGCGGACGAGGCGACAGGAAGACGGCUAAAGGAAAACGAUUCAGUCACUCAUUUGGGAAUGCGAGACCUCGGAACAAGAAGAAGGGAAGAGGACCGCCCAGGAUUUCAGUUCCUCCAUCGCCUCCGAGGAAGGAUCGGUUCGAGGAUGGAGAAAAGGUCAAGAUUGAAAUCAACGAGUCUCUAUUUUCUAGUUGAUCUGGAUUAAGAUGGGAUUGCUGCUAAUAUGUUAAUCUGUUUUGGUCUGUGGUUCAUUCUGGUUUUGUGAUAUUUGGUUAUUUCAAUCCAGUUGAAUGAAUGACUAUGUUUGAGUUUUCUUGAUCUGUAUUUGAUACUUUUUAAGUUCUAGUCUAAGUUGUUUGAAUUAAA